UGGGAAGCAUAAUUUGUCAAUUAAUUAAUCUCUGAGCCAGCCCUUGGGACCGCCCCAGGUGCCUUUAACCAUAUAUUUGUAGUAAACCCAAGGAAAAAAGUCCUUCUUCAAGUGAUAAAAUGCCCGUCUCGGCACCGCCUGGUCAAUCCUCAGCGCCUUUCCAAACGUCUCCUUGGGUACGCCGCCGUACUUGAACUCGGCCAGCAGCACCUUGCCGUACUCUGUCAACAACGGGCACGAUGUGUAGCCGUCAUACUCCUCGUCCGCCUCCUUGCCCCUCAUUGACCUCAGCACAUUCUUGACCAGAACCGGCGCUUGCGCCGUGAUGGCUGCGGCCGUCUUGGACGUGGGCAAACUGGAAGCAUCUCCGGCACUCCACACAUUCUUCCACUUUUUGUGCCGGAGCGUCUCUUCGUCGACAUCGACAAACCCAGCCUCGUUGGCAAGAGGACUGGAUUUGACAAAGGCGUGAGCGCCCAUCUUGGGAGUGACGUGCAUCAGGUCAAACUUGCGGGUGAGCUUCUGGUUCUCGCCAUGGCUAAACACGGCAUCGUUGCCGUUAAUUUCGACCAGAUCAUGCGCAAACAGUCCCUCUACUCCUCUUUCCUUCCGCAGCUUUUCCAGCACGGCAGAGUACUUGGGAACGCCAAACAUGACGGGAAGGCCGGUCGCGAAUGUGAUGUGGAUGGGCGAUGACGAGGGGUUUGCUGGGUCGUAAAGACCGGAUUUCUUCCAGUGAUCAAGGGCAAGCCACAUGAUCUUUUGAGGAGCGCCGGCGCACUUGACAACACCCAUCGGCUGGGUGAAAAUGGCCUGGCCGCCCUUGAGAGCCUUGAUGGUGCGAUCCGCCUUGUCGCACGUGUCGUAGCCGUAGAUGGAGGAGACGCCCGAAUCUGGGUUGGAGAGGGCAUCCUGAAGCCCCUUGAUGCUGUUGAAGUCGACCUUGAUUCCGGGCACCACGACGAGGUGCUCAUAGGUGAGCUUGUCACCGUUAUCGAGAGUGACAGUGUUGGAAUCUGGCGAGAAGGAUGCCAGCUCAGUGUUGUAGAAUCGCAGCUUGGGAUCGAUCAAACUCUUGAGUGGUUUCCUGAGCUGCUCCUUAUUCUUGAGACCGCCGCCCACCAGGGUCCAUCCGGGCUGGUAGUGAUGCCAUUCUGCCGGGUCGACAAUCGCAAUGUCGUCUUGGGAGAAUUUCCCCUUGCGCAGGAGCUGGUGGCUGAUGGUCAGACCAGCUGAACCACCGCCGACAACGACGACCUUGUGAUUUCUGGUGGUGGGGUUGACAUUGGCGACACUCGCAAAAGUGCGCACGGCAGCCGGGGCCAGUUGCGUGAUGACUGAGCGGCGGGCAGCACAGGCUGCUGUGGUGACUAAUAGUUGACUGCUGGACAUGUUGGGAUGGUGAUGACGGGAUGUCUGUCAAACGGAGGUCUGAGAUCUCAGAUCCAGGAACAGGAGAGGUGGGUGCUGAAUGAGAUGGAGGACAAAGAGCUGAAAUGGUGUGCUCGAGCGUGAGCGAAUUACCCAGGGGAGACGGCCAAAUGUGGGCCAAGUCGCCGAGUCCCGGAGCUGUGAAACUUUUCUUGUCGCCGGUCGAGUUGACUGCACUUGUGAUGACUCGGCCACCGGGUGAGCAAGUUUCUCUUCCUCCCAUGGUACUCGGUCGGCGAAAACAGACAUUCCACACAUCCGAUGAAAUUUUCUCCCGGGCCGAGCCACCUGGUUAGUCACAGCGUUGCAAUAAUCGCCGUCUCUACGGCUGUCGGUGGCAGUCGGCGGUGUCGGAACUCGGCGGAUGAUGGGAAUCGUGGUGCUGAAAAACGGUUUCUAAGGAGAAAAAGCUGAACAUGGCGAGAUCAAUCAGUGAGUGAAGUGGCUUCUCUUUUUUUCCUUAUAUCAACAAGCUGGCGUCGACGACGAUGAUUUCCUGAUGUCGCCGUUGACGAUGGCCGAUAGACAGCGACGCCGGCAGCACGGACCACCAGUUGCCGGGCCGCUGUAAGUCACCCGGAGGUGGUGUGCCACGAUGGACUGACGGCAAUAUCACGGGCCAGGGUUCCCAGCUUAGCCCCCAUGUUUCUUGCCUCCCGGUAAUGCCCAGUAGGCCGGCGUCUGCAACAUCCCUGCAACACUUGUCAUACACAAAGCUUAAACAGACCGACUCCCAUCCCAACUGAUCAGCGUGUUGUCCUUGCCCUCACCCACGUUCACCGAGACCACCAUGAACACCCUUCAGGUACAGCAAUGCGUUGAAAACGCCAUCAGAUGCCAGGCGACCACCCGCCUGCUCCUCACCCCCCUGGUCAUUUCUUCGCUUCGACUUCCACGCACCCAAUUUUUCUACCACUCUCAACAUCGGUCUUUCCACCGAGCGGCGGCAGGGAGACCCUGUUGUCGACAAUCUCAAAAUCCACCUCGACUGUCUCAAUGUCUACUACGCAAGACCUACUCUUCAGCUACUUCCCCUGCUCCGUCAGAACCUACCAUUCAUCCAGUCUUUGAACAGAGAACUGGCACUUUUCAAUAUCUAGUCGUCGAUUCAGUGACCAAGGACGCAGUCAUUAUCGACCCUGUUUUGGACUACGACAAGUGCAGCACCACCAUUACCACUACCGCGGCUGACGGCCUCCUGUCUUUGGUCCGUGAAAAGGGAUACAGGAUCGUGCGCAUUCUAGAGACCCACGCCCAUGCCGAUCACUUGACUGCUUCCUUUUAUCUCCAACGGCAGCUUGUCAAGCAGCAGGACCUGAAACCCCCCGUGGGCAUCGGCAAGCGGAUUGGACAGGUACAGACCUUGUUUGGGCAGAGAUAUGGGAUCGACGCCAAAGAGUAUGAAGGUGUUUUCGACAAACUGUUCGAGGACGAUGAAGAGUUUUCUAUUGGAACGUUAAAGGCAAAGGCCCUGCAUCUUCCCGGCCACACCCCAGAUCAUUUGGGAUACAAGAUCGGAGACAAUAUCUUUUGCGGAGACUCCAUCUUCCACACUGACAUUGGCACGGCAAGGUGUGAUUUUCCCGGCGGAUCGGCCCACGCCUUGUAUCAGUCAGCCCGCAAGAUCCUGUCUAUGCCUGAUAAUGUCAAGAUCUGGACCGGGCAUGACUAUCCACCCGAUGGUUUGAGAGAGCCUGUGCCAUUUGUCACCGUUGGCGAGCACCGCCUGAAGAACAAGCACCUGAGAGAUGGCGUUACUGAAGAGGAAUUUGUCAAGAUGAGAAAGGAAAGAGACGAGCAUCUGGCUGCCCCAAAACUGCUGCAUGAGAGUCUACAGGUGAAUGUGAGAGCUGGAAGAUUGCCAAGUCAAAACGACUCCGGCAUGAGGUUAUUAAAGGUGCCUGUCAAAGUCAAGGGAGCAGGAGCAUGGCAAUAAAUAAAUAAAAAUUACAAGAGCAUAACCAGGCUAACAAUUAUGUAACUCAUACUACUACGGUCCCUUCACAGCCGUGAUUGUCGCUAUCGGCAAGACCUCACCGUGGAGGCAGGAGAAGGUGGCGGCGUACGUGACUGCGCCAGUGAGGUUUUUGGCUCUUCUCCAUGCUUGUCCAUGUCUGUCUCUAUCGAGAAGCUUUGUUUUCUGUUCCCGGGCAUAGAUCAUUCAGAAGAUGGCAUGCUGUCCCAGUCACUGGUUGAAGAUGGAGGGAAUAUACGAUUCGUAGCUUGGCUAAUGGACAAUUCUUUUAUGGGCAAUAUCCUAUCUAAAUGUGGUGUAAAACUACCUGCAAUGAUGCAUAUUGAGUGCG